UUGUGAUCCUCGUCAUCAACUGAAUAAUUGUUCAUUUGUUUGUCUGUUGUGAAUCUGCCAACUUUACUGAAGUACUUUUCAAAUGUGAGAUCUUCAGGAUGUCUGAACGCUGUUUGUAGCCAUUUUAUGAUGUUAAACUUUUUGUUUCUGUGCGUUUUAAAACACGUCCACAGGAGAAAAUGACUGAGUUUACAGUUUUGGAUUUUUUGGAUCCUUUCAGAUUCACGUCACCAUAAAGACAAAGAUUAAACUCCUCCUGCAGGCAGAAAGUUGGAAAACUGAGACAACUUUCCAUUACACAGCUGGUCUGCAGAGGACGUGGACUGAACCGAACGCCUCCCGCACUUCUUCAGAGAAAACACAGCAGAGAGGGAGUCUCGCUCUAGUGAGUGAGGAGAGCAGCUGAUGGUUUCCCAUCAUCAACCUGCAGGCUCACAGCAUCAUCAGGGCUGGACAGAGUCGAAUCUCUCCACGAGGAUCUUGAAGAACGAUGACGACGACAGUGAAAGAAUGAUAGAGGUGUUGUUGGAGAACAGAAGGAGUCUCACAGGAACAUAAACAGGUGUCAGACAGGUGCAGCGAUGGCGGCGUGGCUCGGCCGGCUGUCUCUGGGCGACGCCUGGUACAACAUGUAUUCCCGCCUCCUGAGGACCAAACCCAUGGGCUCCAUGGCUCGCAGCGCCGACGACCUCACCGAGCUCGACGAGGGGGCGGCGGUCGGGCUCGCUAAGGUUCUGACCACCGUGGACCUGGUGUCGCUCGGGGUGGGCAGCUGCGUCGGUACCGGGAUGUACGUGGUGGCCGGGUUGGUUGCCAAAGCGAUGGCGGGGCCCGGAGUCAUCCUGUCGUUUAUUAUUGCAGCGCUGGCCUCCAUACUGUCAGGUGUGUGCUACGCAGAGUUUGGCGUCCGGGUCCCAAAGACGACCGGCUCGGCGUACACCUACAGCUACGUGACGGUCGGGGAGUUUGUGGCGUUUUUCAUUGGCUGGAACUUGAUCCUGGAGUAUCUGAUCGGCACGGCGGCGGGGGCGUCGGCUCUCAGCAGCAUGUUCGACUCUCUGGCCAAUCACAGCAUCAGUAACUACAUGAUAACGCACCUGGGCACGCUCAGAGGACUCGGUAAAGGUGAGGACACGUACCCCGACCUGCUGGCCUUGUUUAUCGCCCUGCUGGUCACGGUGAUCAUCGCUCUCGGUGUGCGUAACUCUGUGGGCUUCAACAACGUCCUAAACGUGGUCAACCUGGUGGUCUGGGUCUUCAUGAUCAUCGCCGGACUCUUCUUCCUCUCCGCCGGCAACUGGGAGAACGGAAACUUCCUUCCCUACGGCUGGUCGGGGGUGAUGCAAGGUGCAGCGACUUGCUUCUACGCCUUCAUCGGCUUCGACAUCAUUGCGACGACGGGAGAGGAGGCGAAAAACCCAAACACCUCCAUCCCGUACGCCAUCACCGCCUCGCUGGUCACCUGCCUCACCGCCUACGUGUCGGUGAGUGUGAUCCUGACUCUCAUGGUUCCCUACGACCUGAUCGACGGCUCGGCUCCGCUCAUGGAGAUGUUUGCGGUGCACGGCUUCCUGUGGGGGAAGUACAUCGUGGCUGUGGGCUCGAUAGCCGGACUCACCGUGUCUCUGCUGGGCUCUUUGUUCCCGAUGCCCAGAGUCAUCUACGCCAUGGCCCGGGACGGACUGCUGUUCAGGUUCUUGUCUCAUGUGUCUGCGCUCACACACACUCCCGCGGUGGCCUGCGUGGUGUCGGGUAGCUUCGCCGCCAUCCUCGCCCUGCUGGUGAGCCUCAGAGACCUGAUCGAGAUGAUGUCCAUCGGCACGCUGCUGGCCUACACUCUGGUCAGCGUGUGUGUGCUGUUACUGCGAUACCAGCCUGACGAACAGACCGACACACACCAGUUCAACUCCGAGGACAACGUGGACGGGUUGAAGCACCUGGACGACGGCGCCGUCCCCACCAAAGACGACCAGAUGCUGAUCGGAGACGACGGUUCUUCGUCGUACCACGCUGGCGGGACUGAAGGAGACGGUGACGACUCUGAUUUCCACACGGGCCACGCCUCGCUGCUGAAAAGGCUGCUGGGAGGUCAUUACUACACCCUGCGGCUGCGGCUGGGAAUGCCCGAUGCUACGGCCAAACCCACUCCUGCCACCGGCCGCACAGUGACCCGCUGCACCCUCCUCCUCUUCCUCAUGUCCUUCCUCCUCUGGUCCACCGUUAUAUUUGGCGUUGAGCAGGGAUCCGGUGCCGGGGCGGUGUUUUCAGGACUCAUGGCCACGAUGAUGGCCGGGUCCAUGGUGAAGCUUUUAAUUCUGAUCAUACAGCAGCCAGAGAGUGGGCGGAGACUGCCCUACAUGGCGCCCUGCGUGCCCUUCAUCCCUGCAGCCGCCAUAUUGGUCAACAGCUACCUCAUGCUUAAACUGUCUCCACUCACCUGGGCCAGGUUCACCGUCUGGUGCUUCAUAGGUCUGUUGAUCUACGGUUGUUACGGCGUGUGGCACAGCACUCUGGAGCUGAACGCCCGGGAGCAGCAGGCGCACGCCAGCUCCUACCAACGCUACGACGACCACCUCGACGACACGUUCUCCCCCGACGACAACCUUUACCCUGAGGAGCAGGACGAGAGACCCUACCAGGGCUGGUCUGCCCCUGAAGAGAGGGGGAACGACUACCAGCAGCACGUCCAGCACCAGCAGGAGAACGAGUACGAGGACCUGGAGGGAGAGCAGCAUCAGAGCCAGUACCAGGAUGAUAAUGAGCAGCAUGGAUACCAGUCUGGACCUGGAGGCCGGCACACGAGCAGGAGCAGCCGGGCCGGAGGAAGGACCAAUCAUGGCUUUGAUGGGGGGGAAGAGGAGGACUGAGCCGAAGACGAUUCCUCUUCCUCCUGCACGAGACACUGAAUCAAAUCAUCUCAAGACGAGCAAAGGUCGUACCUGGAACCCCACAGGUCUCAUUCCCAGGACGUCAAAUAGACACAUGUUGGGUUGGUAAAGCGUCCCGAGCAGCAACAAAGAGAGAAAAUCAGAAACUCUCUGCAGAUACGAGACACUAACACGCCUUUUCUCCACAUUCCAGCCUCCCUCUCUGUCUGUUUACAGCUUCUUACGUCUUUAUCUCGUCUGAAAUCCGUCUCACGAUGUUGGGAAGGCGGCGUGCGAUGGUGCAUCAAACUAAAGUAAGAAAAGGCUGUUUUGAAGCUGUGAGGAGGAGAACGUUCAGGUGUCACAGGCUGUCAGGAAGAUAAAUACUUGUGUGCGUGAUACAACCUGAUUUCAAAACCAGUUUGGAUCUUCUAUCUCCUGCAGCGUGAGUCCGACCCGACUGCGUUCGGACCGUCUUCAGCUCCUCUCGACUGUUUAACUCACCAUCGAUGCAACGAAACAGAAGUUUUCAACCGCUGCCUGUAAAAUCUGAUUUCCUUUAACCGUUCACGGUGUUUCUGAAGCUCUGAGAGUUCCUGUCAUGUUUGUUGUUCUUGUUUGAGUGAACGGUGUUUGUUCCAUUAACAGAAUGGUCU